UUACAGAAUGUCUGAAGGGGACAGUGUUGGAGACUCUGUCCAUGGGAAGCCCUCAGUGGUGUACAGAUUUUUCACACGGCUUGGACAGAUUUAUCAGUCCUGGCUGGACAAGUCUACCCCAUACACAGCUGUCCGGUGGGUCGUGACACUGGGCCUGAGUUUUGUCUACAUGAUUAGAGUUUACCUAUUACAGGGUUGGUACAUUGUGACCUAUGCCUUGGGAAUUUACCACCUAAACCUUUUCAUAGCGUUCCUUUCUCCCAAAGUGGACCCUUCCUUGAUGGAAGACUCAGAUGAUGGCCCUUCAUUACCAACCAAACAGAAUGAGGAGUUUCGGCCCUUCAUUCGAAGGCUUCCAGAAUUCAAAUUUUGGCAUGCAGCUACGAAAGGCAUUCUUGUGGCUAUGAUCUGUACCUUCUUCGAGGCUUUUAACGUCCCAGUGUUCUGGCCGAUCCUGGUGAUGUACUUCAUCAUGCUUUUCUGUAUCACAAUGAAGAGGCAAAUAAAGCACAUGAUUAAAUACCGGUACAUACCAUUCACACACGGAAAGAGGAGAUACAAAGGGAAGGAGGACGUGGGCAAGACAUUUGCUAGUUAGAAGCUGGACUGAAUCUGUCACACGUAUUCAAGAACGGUUUUGAGCCAUUGUAACAAUGCCUUUUUCUUCACAUAAAGUAGUUGAUUAUGAGGAAGUUGAAUUUUCUUUUUAAGAGGAGCCUCAAUGAUUUGUAUCUGAAAUAUCAGGUUCUUGAAGAAACUGGCAUUUAAAUCAAAUUGCAUUGAUUUCUUUUUCAGUGAUGUUGAUGUGUUUGAAGUGGACAGAAUUACAGUGAACCAUAGGCUUGGGGGCCAGGCGGGUGGCAGCCCGAGAGAGCGGGAGGGAGGGUGGGAGUGCAGCCCUGCCUUCCCGACCACGCUGAGGCCACUCCUGUGUGCCAGAGGGACAUGCCAGCCUGCUUCCUAUGUGUGAAAAAGAAUGUAACACUUUGAGGGUGACUGUCACAUAGCUCUGUGGGGUUCUCAUGCCAGUUUCUGAAUCUCAUCUCACUAGAAGAUGUUUUUCAAGUUGGCCUCUAUCAUAAUGACUCAAAACUUUGUUCUUAACUACCAUGAUUGCUUUUGAGGGCCUGGAAUUAUAAAUAUAUAUUAUAUUUUAAUUGUU